CCCAUUCGUCGUUGGUCCCAUCAUGAUGACUUAGACUUCAUUUCCAAUUUUCAUUCGCUCCUUCAAUCGGCAGCAGCUGGUAGAGGGUCGGCGUCUCUUUCUCUAAUACGAAACCCUAGCCCUAACCUUAAAAAAAUCUCCAAAUUCGAACCCUAAUUCUCUUCAAUUCCCUUCUAAUCUGUUCAAUCAACCUUCAAAAUUGACCAUACGGAUCUCCACUGUCUAUCCGAACCUUUUCGAUUUCAAUUAUAUCAUUUUUUUUUUUCGAGAAAUGGAUAGCCCAAUCUCACUAUAAUGAUCAACGCUAAAUUCCUUACGGUUUUACUUUUAGGGCACCGAUUGUAUGGGUUUGAGCGAUGCCUGAGCUUCGCAGAGGUGUUCGCAGAGGCCGCGCAGUGUUAGCGCCGCAAAACGAGCAAAAGGACCCUCCUCCUAGGGUGCAAAAUUACGUAAAAACCCGAGCUGCUGUAGCUAGAGAAACAAAGAGGCCGAGGACAAGAUUAGAAACCAAAAGGUUGAAAGAGAAACAAGAGGAGGAUAAUAAGGUGAUUGUGAUAUCGGAGAGAGGAGAGAGUGAUUUUUCGAAUUUGGAGAGGAAGAAGAAGGGCAGGAAGAACAAUUCGCCUGUUGUUGUUGCUGCUGCUGCUGAACAAGACAGGAAAGACAAGGAAGCUGCUAUAAUGGGUGACGAUAGUGGUGGUUUGAGCGCUAAUAAGGCUGGGCAGGAAGAGGAGGGCAAUACUUCACCUUUUCCUGAAAAGGUUCAAGUUGGAGGCUCUCCUUUAUAUAAGAUAGAAAGGAAGUUGGGUAAGGGUGGGUUUGGUCAGGUGUUUGUUGGUCGUCGUGUUAAUGGCGGAAAUGAUCGUACGAUGGGUCCUGGGGCCAUAGAGGUGGCUCUGAAAUUUGAGCAUAGAAAUAGUAAAGGUUGUAACUAUGGCCCCCCAUAUGAGUGGCAAGUAUAUAACACUCUUGGUGGCAGCCAUGGAGUGCCCAGAGUGCACUAUAAAGGAAGACAAGGAGAUUAUUAUAUAAUGGUUAUGGACAUGCUUGGGCCGAGUCUUUGGGAUGUAUGGAAUACUUCUGGGCAGGCGAUGUCAUCAGAAAUGGUGGCUUGUAUUGCUGUUGAAUCCUUAUCAAUACUUGAGAAGAUGCAUUCCAGAGGCUAUGUCCAUGGAGAUGUAAAGCCGGAGAACUUUUUACUUGGUCAGCCAGGUACAGCGCAAGAGAAGAAGUUAUUUCUUGUUGACCUUGGUUUAGCAACAAAGUGGAGAGAUAGUGGCAGUGGGCAGCAUGUUGAAUAUGAUCAGCGUCCUGAUAUGUUUAGGGGAACUGUUCGAUACGCUAGUGUGCAUGCACACUUGGGAAGAACCGCUAGUAGGAGGGAUGAUCUCGAAUCUCUGGCAUAUACACUCAUUUUUCUGCAUCGAGGCAGAUUGCCAUGGCAAGGGUAUCAGGGCGAUAACAAGUCCUUCCUAGUUUGCAAAAAGAAGAUGGCAACGUCUCCAGAAAUGUUGUGUUGCUUCUGUCCUCCACCUCUUAAGCAAUUUCUUGAGUUUGUUGUGAAUAUGAAAUUUGAUGAGGAGCCGAACUAUUCCAAGCUAAUAUCUUUGUUUGAAGGCCUGAUAGGACCAAAUCCAGCGAUAAGGCCUAUAAACACGGAGGGCGCUCAGAAGAUUAUCUGUCAAGUUGGUCAGAAACGUGGUAGGUUGAAUAUCGAGGAAGAGGAUGACGGACAACCUAAGAAGAAGGUCCGCUUGGGAGUUCCUGCUACACAAUGGAUUUCAGUUUACAAUGCUAGGCUACCAAUGAAGCAGAGGUACCAUUAUAAUGUGGCUGAUGGAAGGUUGGCUCAACAUGUGGAGAGAGGAAUUGCUGAUGGUCUUCUAAUAAGUAGUGUAGCAUCAUCGUCAAAUCUUUGGGCACUAAUUAUGGAUGCCGGAACUGGUUUUACACAUCAAGUUUAUGAAAUGUCACCAUUUUUCUUACACAAGGAAUGGAUUAUGGAGCAAUGGGAGAAGAACUAUUACAUUAGUUCUAUUGCUGGUUCUAACAAUGGAAGUUCCCUUGUGGUGAUGUCCAAAGGGACACAAUACACGCAACAAUCUUACAAGGUGAGUGACUCAUUUCCCUUUAAAUGGAUAAACAAGAAGUGGAGAGAAGGAUUUCAUGUGACUUCAAUGGCAACUGCUGGAAGCCGAUGGGGUGUUGUCAUGUCUCGCAAUGCUGGCUUCAGUGAUCAGGUUGUGGAGCUUGACUUUCUAUAUCCGAGUGAGGGAAUUCACAGACGAUGGGAUAAUGGCUUCCGAAUUACAUCAACAGCUGCAACACUUGAUCAAGCUGCUCUUAUCUUGAGUGUCCCCAGGCGGAAGCCCGGGGAUGAAACUCAGGAAACUUUACGUACAUCUCAGUUUCCAAGCACACAUGUUAAGGAAAAAUGGGCGAAGAAUCUCUAUCUUGCUUGUUUGUGCUAUGGACGGACAGUCUCCUGAUUCUGCUCAUGUCGGUAAUUUUGUGAAAGACAAUGAAGGCUUUACUGGUCCACGUGCCCUCGUUGUUUCUCCUUUCUUAUGUUAAUUGUACAAAAUGUAGUAGAUUUAGAUGCGGUGAUGGUUAACUAAAUUUCUGUAUGAUAAAUAUUUUUCACUGAUGUAAUUGUAGCUCAUAUGAAAAGAACAUAAUGAUCUAGCACCUAAAUAUUGGGGAAAAAGAAGCAUGUGAUGUUUGCUUCCUAUGUUUUUUUUUUUUUUUUUUUUUUUUUUUCCAUUUGUGCUCUACAAAAAAUUGGUGUUACACAGUAGCGCUAGAUCAUGAAAGAGGGGCACCAUUUCAACAUCUGCACUUGUUUAUGGGUAUUCUUUUUUAAUUUUAAAUUUUAAACUGUGUAAUUGGAAUAUGUGUGCACUGCUAUUUUGUAAUAAGAAUAGUUUAAACAUUAAAGCGGGAAAGGGACUUGGGGUUUCAAAUCUUGGGUCUCUUGCACUGCUAUUUCAAGUA